AUGGUCGGACACGAAACAGCACCGGGCAAAAAUGAAUUUUCAGCGAUCGGAGCUCGUAAAGAAGCGAAUAGACUCUUUUUGAAAGAGCAAGAUUUGGUGGGAGCGCUUGAACUGUACAACAAAAGUCUCUGUUUAUCCCCUGUCGGAAGUGAAAACAUCGGAAUUUGUUACGCAAAUCGCUCUGCGGUGUUUUUCGAGUCGGGAUUUUAUCAAUUUUGCUUGGACAACAUCGAACUUGCCUUGGAAAAUAAUUAUCCGGAACAGCUGAAACCGAAAUUGGAAGCUCGUCGUUUAAAAUGUUUGGAAUUAAUGAAAAAUCCCAAAAAAUCGGAUGAAAUUAAACUUCCAAUUCAAUUGUCGUAUCCUGCAAACAAGAAAAAUCCUUUAGUUAUUGACGGAAUUGAGCUCAAAACGUCAGAAGAGUUCGGGCGUCACAUUCGCGCUAAACGAGAUUUGUAUCCAGGGGACGUCGUCAUCAUCGAUAAACCAUUUUUUAAAUCGCUAGAUGAAAAUUUCGUUUACAAGUUCUGUAAUAAUUGCCACGAAACGAAUUUGCUGAAUUUAUUUCCCUGCAAAAAUUGUAUAACAACAAUGUAUUGCGGAUCCGAAUGUGAAAAAGAAGCUUGGAAGCGUUUCCACAAAUUCGAGUGCAAUUCAGUUGGCUUAGAUUUGUUUCCACUUCCCAUCAGAGCAGCAUUAAUGACCUUCACCUUGUUCAAUGACGUGGAAAAACUUCGCAAUUUGAUCGAAUCUAUCUCAAAAAAUCAAACUACUGCAUUUGAUAUUCCUCGAAAGGAUGAAAUUGAAACUUUCAAAGCAGUGUAUACUCUGGAAACACAUCGAUCUGAACGAAGUCUCGAGGAAAAUUUUACUCGUUCCAUGAUUUUGGCCCAAUCUUGGCAUUUUCUUCAAUAUCAAUCGGCCUUACGUGCUUUGCUCAAGACAUCUGAAGACGAAAAUCUCUUCCUUAACACAUUAUUUCACUUUUCUCUCAUUUGCACAACGAAUUCCCACGAAAUUUUUUCGUCGAAAUCAAACGGUAAUGACCGCAUCGGAAGCGCUUUAAAUCCAAUUUUAAGUCUUGUCAACCAUUCUUGCGCAGCAAAUGUUUGUCCUUUUUACGUUAAUCAGCAAUUUCUGUUGGUGGUAGUGCGCAACAUCAAAACUGGCGAUCAGCUCUUCGAUAAUUACGGUCCUCAUCAUCAAUCGGAAAAUUUAGCUCAACGACAAGCAAGACUAUCGACGCGAUUUUUCAAGUGCAAAUGCGAGGCGUGUGAGAAAAAUUACCCGUUACUUGAAAACUCACCCGUUAAAAGUCUUUCAGGCUUUGAUAAGAUGCAAAAAGUUGGUGAAAAGCUAAUUAAUUUCUACGAUACCCGUGCAACCUUUGAGUACUACAAAAAAUGCGUUAAAUUUUUUAAGAAAUUUGGUGAUUAUUAUCCUUGUCUCGAACUUUUGAUUGUUCAAUCAAAUUUGAUUAGAUGCAUGCGGAUUUUGUUUGAGCCCACUCCAUUGGAAGUGCAAUUCAAGUCAUCUAAGAAAUGA